AUGCUCAAUCUCGCCUCGCCCUUUUCCUCUCGACGCGAUCGUCGCUCGCUGCCGCCCCACAUCCGCCGCAACGCGUCCUCCCUCAGCUCGCUCGAACACACCUCAAUCGCGCGCACGCACGACAAACGACAAACUCUCACUUCCACCAACCACCGCCCACCGCCCACCACCCAUCACCGCAAACAACAAACAACAAACAUCAAACCGCAACCGUCAUAUGCCCCCCGCACGAUGGAGGUCGACUACUACUACCACCCCGACACCUUCCCUUCCUCCUCCCAGCUCACCGGCUCGCAGUUCGUCCAGCGCGAGCGCGAACGACAGACGGCGCCGCUGCAGCAGGAUUAUAUACAGUGGGAGAACUCGCAGCCGGAUAAAUUCGCCGAGGAUUGUGAUACGUGA